CGCUGGCCCUGGGGGGCGUCCUGGGGCUGUACCACACCGCGCGGUGGCACCUGCGCGCCCAGGACCUCCGCGCCCAGCGCUCUGCCGCGCAGCUCUCCCUGUCCAGCCGCCUGCAGCUGACUCUGUACCAGUACAAAACGUGUCCCUUCUGCAGCAAGGUCCGCGCCUUCCUCGACUUCCACGCCCUGCCCUACCAGGUGGUAGAAGUGAACCCUGUGCGCAGGGCCGAGAUCAAGUUCUCCUCCUACAGGAAGGUGCCCAUCCUGCUGGUCCAGGAAGGAGAGAGCUUGCAACAACUGAACGAUUCCUCUGUCAUCAUCAGCGCCCUCAAGACCUACCUGGUGUCCGGGCAGCCCCUGGAACACAUCGUCACCUACUAUCCAUCCAUGAAGGCUGUGAACGACCAGGGGAAGGAGGUGACCGAAUUCUUCAACAAGUACUGGCUCAUGCUGGAUGAGAAGGAGGCCCAGCGCAUGUAUGGUGGGAAGGAGGCCAGGACGGAGGAGAUGAAGUGGCGUCAGUGGGCGGAUGACUGGUUGGUGCACCUGAUCUCCCCCAACGUGUACCGCACUCCUGCCGAGGCCCUGGCCUCCUUCGACUACAUCGUCAGGGAGGGCAAGUUCGGGGCAUUGGAGGGUGCCGUGGCCAAGUACAUGGGGGCAGCGGCCAUGUACCUCAUCAGCAAGCGGCUCAAGAGCAGGCACCACCUCCAGGAUGACGUCCGUGAGGACCUCUAUGAGGCCGCUGACAAGUGGGUGGCGGCCGUGGGCAAAGACCGGCCCUUCAUGGGGGGUGAGAAGCCGAACCUGGCUGAUCUGCCCUGGUACCUGCGGAUGGAGAAAGCCAUCGCUGAGGCCCUCCAGUGACUUGAGUGUCCCGGGAGGGGUGGAAGACAGCAGAAGACGCCGGCUGCCAGGGACCAGGACCGCUGGGUCAGCACUUGAUGCUGUGCAGUGGGGGACGGGACCGUUCUGCCUCUCGCCUGCCCCCACCCCUCCAGCCUCCCCACCCCGCUCCGGCUUCUAGCACUGGACACCUGCUGAGGCCCUGGGAUGCUGGGGGACAAAAACCAGGCUUGAUUUGUGUUCACAGCCCCCCUGAGGGGCACAGAAGGCUACCCCUCAGCCCCAGGUGGCUGACCCACCCCGCCCCCUGUCCUGGGCCUCCCUGCGCUUCAGCUGUUCUCUGGGACUCUCAGUGGCCUCUCUGUCCACACCCUGGGGGUGGGAAUCGGGUCAGGCUCCUGCCCUGGACAGGGGAAGUAGGAAUAGUCUGGUUUAUGAGGGAUUUCAUCCCUGGCUCCUCCUGGUUCCGGCUCUUCCCACUGCCCCUGGGACUGGGUGUCAUGUUUGCAAUAAAGAAAAGGUUUGCUGCUCCCUUGGA